AUGGGUUUCGUUGAGGAUGAGCUCAAGCAGCUGAAGGAUGUCAUUGGCAAUCUCGACUCCCGCAUCAAGAGUCUUGAGCAGCGUGCCACUGGCUCUUCUACUCCUGUUUCGACCGAGGAGAUCCGCAUGCUGCUCAUCGGACCCCCUGGAGCUGGCAAGGGAACGCAGGCGCCUAAGAUCAAGGAGCGUUUCUCAUGCUGCCACUUGGCCACUGGCGACAUGCUUCGCUCCCAGGUUGCCAAGAAGACUCCUCUAGGACGUGAGGCCAAGAAGAUCAUGGACCAAGGCGGUCUCGUCUCCGAUGACAUCGUCAUUGGCAUGAUCAAGGAAGAGCUUGACAACAACAAGGAGUGCCAGGGCGGCUUUAUUCUCGACGGCUUCCCCCGCACCGUCGCCCAGGCUGAGGGUCUCGAUGCCAUGCUGAAGGAGCGCAAGCGUGACCUCAAGCAUGCUGUCGAGCUUCAAAUCGACGACGGCCUCCUGGUCGCGCGUAUCACCGGCCGACUGAUUCACCCUGCUUCCGGCCGAUCAUACCACACAACCUUCAACCCCCCCAAGGAGUCUAUGAAGGACGACAUCACCGGCGAGCCCCUUAUCCAGCGCAGCGACGACAACGCAGAGGCUUUGAAGAAGCGUCUUGGCUCCUACCACAAGCAGACUACCCCCGUCGUAGACUACUACCGCCAGCACGGCAUCUGGCAUGGUAUUGACGCCAGCCAGAAGCCUGGUCAAGUGUGGAAGAACAUGCUGAGCAUCCUGGAGGGCAAAAAGUAG